AUGGGCAAUAUUUUCAGCCAGUUCUAUUUCAUUCCAUCGGCGUCGCUCACGGAGAAGAAUACUCCCGAUCAAACAGGCCGGAUUUUUCUUGUAACAGGUGGUUAUGCAGGCGUCGGUUUUCAAUUAUGUAAAAUUCUUUAUGCCCACAACGCAACUGUUUGGAUUGCAGGCCGCUCGGAAUCCAAAGCCCAAAAUGCCAUAUCCAUAAUCAAAGAAGCAUCUCCUAAGAGUAGCGGUAGCAUUCAGUUUCUGCAAAUUGACCUGGCUGAUCUAUCCUCGAUUAAUCCUGCGGUCAAGCAUUUUACUUCCCAGCAACAACGUCUUGACGUCCUCGUCAACAAUGCCGGUGUCAUGUAUCCUCCUAAAGGGAGCACUAGUGCACAAGGACACGAGUUGCAGGUAGCGACCAACUGCCUAGGUCACUACCUACUUUACCAACUACUCCUUCCUCUCCUUACAGAUACCGUGGCCUCCUCUCCAACAGGUAGCGUGCGCGUCGCAUGGGCUGCGUCUAUUGCCAUCCAUGUCGACUCCCCACCAACAGGAAUACUUAUCAACGAUGAUGGCAGUCUUAAGGAUGUUGGCGUGUCAGCCAACUACAGCCAGACUAAAGUUGGUAACGUCUUCCUGGCUCGAGAGUGUGCCAAGACUACUCCGCAAACAGGCGUUGUACACACGGCUUUCAAUCCAGGUAAUCUGCGCACGGAACUACAACGUCAUUGGACUGGUCUCGCCAGCAAGAUAACUGAUAAAUUUAUAGUGUAUCCUCCAGUUUAUGGAGCGUACACAGAGCUCUGGGCAGCCAUUUCCCCUGAGAUAACACCUGCGAAGAGUGGUGCUUACAUAUAUCCUUGGGGAAGAUUUGGCAGUCUUCCCAGUGGUAUCGAGAGUUCGAUUACUGGAGAAUCGGGCAUAUCAGCCAAAUUUAUGGACUGGUGUGGUAAACAGACGGAGGCAUUCUUGUAG